UCUUGUUCCUCAGACACCAAAAAGGACCUGAAGCAGAUCACCAGUCACUUGCUUGACAUGCUGGUCAGUAAGAAGGUGUCUGGCCAGGGCAGGGACCAGGCGCUGAACCUGCUCAAUAAGAAUGUUCCCAGGAAGGACCUCGCCAUUCAUGACAACUCCCGCACCAUCUAUGUGGUGGACAAUGGCCUGAGGAAGAUUCUGAAGGUAGUGGGGCAGGUUCCAGAUCUGCCCUCCUGCCUGCCCCUGACUGACAACACCCGCAUGCUGGCCUCCAUCCUCAUUAACAAGCUCUACAAUGACCUGCGAUGUGAUCCGGAGCGUGAUCAUUUCCGAAAGAUCUGUGAGGAGUAUAUCACGGGCAAGUUUGACCCCCAGGACAUGGACAAGAAUGUGAAUGCCAUUCAGACAGUGUCUGGGAUCCUUCAGGGGCCCUUUGACCUGGGCAAUCAGCUACUGGGAAUGAAAGGCGUCAUGGAGAUGAUGGUGGCGCUGUGUGGCUCAGAGCGCGAGGCUGACCAGCUGGUGGCCGUGGAGGUCCUCAUCCACGCCUCCACCAAGCUCAGCCGCGCCACCUUCAUCAUCACCAAUGGUGUGUCAUUGCUCAAAAGCAUCUACAAGACCACCAAGAAUGAGAAGAUCAAGAUCCGCACACUGGUGGGCCUCUGCAAGCUCGGCUCUGCAGGGGGCACAGACUAUGGUCUCAGGCAGUUUGCUGAAGGAUCCACAGAGAAGCUGGCCAAGCAGUGUCGCAAGUGGCUGUGCAAUGCAGCCAUAGACACCCGCACCCGGCGCUGGGCGGUGGAGGGCCUGGCCUACCUCACCCUGGAUGCUGAUGUGAAGGACGACUUUGUCCAGGAUCCGGCUCUGCAGGCCAUGUUUGAGCUGGCGAAGACCAGUGACAAGACCAUUCUGUACUCAGUGGCCACCACACUGGUGAACUGCACCAACAGCUAUGAUGUCAAGGAGGUCAUCCCCGAGCUGGUGCAGCUGGCCAAGUUCUCCAAGCAGCACGUGCCUGAGGAGCACCCCAAGGACAAGAAGGACUUUGUGGACAUGCGGGUGAAGAGGCUCCUGAAGGCAGGUGUCAUCUCCGCUCUCUCCUGCAUGGUGAGAGCAGACAGUGCCAUCCUCACUGACCAGACCAAGGAGCUGCUGGCCAGGGUGUUCCUGGCGCUGUGUGACAACCCAAAGGACCGAGGCACCAUUGUGGCUCAAGGUGGUGGCAAGGCCCUGAUCCCGCUGGCUUUGGAGGGCACGGAUAUGGGCAAGGUGAAGGCGGCCCAUGCUCUGGCCAAGAUCGCAGCUGUCUCUAACCGGGACAUCGCCUUCCCUGGUGAGCGGGUCUGUGAGGUGGUGCGGCACCUUGUGGGUCUCCUGGACACGCAGAGGGAUGGGCUGCAGAACUACGAGGCUCUCCUGGGCCUCACAAACCUGUCUGGGCGGAGUGACAAACUCCGACAGAAGAUCUUCAAGGUGAAGGCCUUGCUGGACAUUGAGAACUACAUGUUUGAGAAUCAUGACCAGCUGCGGCAGGCGGCCACAGAGUGCAUGUGCAACAUGGUGGUCAACAAGGAAGUUCAGGAGAGGUUCCUGGCAGAUGGAAAUGACCGGCUGAAGCUGGUGGUCCUGCUCUGUGGGGAGGAUGAUGACAAGGUACAGAAUGCGGCCGCUGGAGCCCUGGCCAUGCUGACAGCAGCGCACAAGAAACUGUGCAUCAAGAUGACCCAAGUGACAUCCCAGUGGUUGGAGAUCCUGCAGCGGCUUUGCCUGCAUGACCAGCUGUCAGUCCAACACCGGGGCCUGGUCAUCGCCUAUAACCUGCUGGCAGCCGAUGCUGAGCUGGCCAAGAAGCUGGUGGAGAGCGAGCUGCUGGAGAUCCUGACCGUGGUGGGCAAACAGGAGCCGGACGAGAAGAAGGCGGCUGUGGUUCAGACGGCCCGGGAGUGUCUCAUCAAGUGCAUGGAUUAUGGCUUCAUUAAGCCAGUGUCAUAGACAAGGGCCUCCAGGGGCACUGAGGCUGGUUCUGUAUUGUGUCAAGUCCUGCGCUGGGUACUCCCAGACUGUCAGUUCAUCUGGGGAUCGUAGCAGUGACAAUUAAUUUUCAACAUAAAGGAAAAUGUUUGUUUCCUGAGUUGUUCCCACUUGUCCUAAGAAAGUUUGGGUGUUUCUGGCUCUCUUGCUCCCUGCCUUCUUACGUGUGUCAUGAUCUAGAAGUUCCUGGAAUAAUCUCCAUCUGUAAUUAGAAGACAGAUUGGAUAAUUUUUUUUUCUGCACCCAUUCUGAAGGUCAGGAUAAUGGCCUGAAGUUCUUUCUAUUUUGGAAAAUGAAUUGUGCAGAAGGUAGGAACUAACAGACGUGUGACUAUGAGGAUUAAUGCUGUUGUAUUUGGAUUCUGGCUUGUGCUGGUUUUUAUACACUCUCCCCACACUGUUGGAUCAGGCUGUCCACAAGUGCUUUUUCACCUUCAGUGCCCUGUCCCAGCCCUGUGCCCCUUCCCUUCAUCCCCCGUUGAUGGAAGUGUAGUUUAUGCCGGGCACAGGGGCAUCAUCCUUGAGAUUUGCUUGGCAAAGUCUUCCAAGCAAGAUAGACACAGCGAAUAUAAAUAAAACUCAAAGUACUUUAAGCCAAAAUUAAAUUUAUCUUGGCCGCCCAGGGAAAGGCCUGACAUGGUUGUUAGAUCCAGUGGUUCAACGUUGUCACCAAUAUUAUUCUCUGGGGGGGGGGUCUUUUUCUCCCUCUCAUCUCCCCACCCCAUAUCUUGUCUUGAAUCCUCUGGGGUUUGACCUCAUUCUCUGAGAGGCUCUCUCCGUGCGGGAGGAAUAAUAAGUUUCCAGCAGCUCCAGACUUACAUAGUUGUUAUGGUUUAUUACAGUAGAGAAGAAAAGGACCAUUUUCAGUAACCCAGCAAAAUUCCCAGCAAUGAGUAGGAUGUCCAGCUUGGGUUGUAUUUCCGUCCGUGAGCCAAUCCUAUCCAGAGGUGACUGCUCAUUGCCAGGCUCAGGUCAUAUCAGUGAGUCUGGGAUGAGAAGGAGCUUCAUUCCUGUCCAAUUGACAUGGAUGGAUCAGGGUUCCUAAAGAAUGGGAAGAGACGUGUCACCACAGAAGAAUGUUAUGAUCAAAGAACGUGCUCUGGAUGUCAGGCCUAGCCACAGAAGAAUGACACAAGCAGGGUGCUUGUAGAUGUGACUUUCUCUAUGAAUAUUGCCUUCCCAGCAUGGCUGAGACCUCUGUGAUGGAGUGCUGUCUUCCAGUAUGUCCCAGUUCCAUCCACAUUUAUUGAAAGGUCAAUGUUUUUGAUAAUCAGCAUUGGGUAGAAGGUAGGGCUUUGAGAUUUAUGGCUCUUGAUGAAAAUUAAAAUUACUUUGGUACAUUAAAUAUAAUUGUAAACAUCUUUGGAAAAUCACCUGAAAAAGAUACAGACAGAUUGCUGGAAAGUUGCACCAUUAGGAUUGGGUCAAAUUUUAACAUAAUUUCACCUCCAAGAGAACAGGUGCAAACAUCAGGAGAACUGAGACCUUCAGAUCUUCUCUGUACUAACAACCCUCACGUACACCUUCCCAGCGCUUACGUGAGCUUGCACAGCAGAAACCAUUCUCGUCAUGUCCUUCUUAUUCUGACAGAGAAUGGCAGUCAUUGAGGUGUGGUCCUUUUGAAAAUAUAUACAACAUUUUUUAGUAAUAAAUGGUGUGAUUUGA